AUGACCGAUGCUACCUCGCAUGGAUGCUGCAGGCAGAAGGGAGGUGGCGCAGCAAAUGUUGGUGAGGGCGAAUCGGGGCGUGCACGGGGCAGAGCAGCUGCAGUACGUGAUGCUGUGCGCGCCCACAGGGCGGGCAGCGCAGCGGCUGGAGGAGGAGAGAAGCAGAGGGCGCGCAGCAUUCACAAGCUGCUGGGGUACUGCUCUAAUGCCGCGGACCAAGAGCCUAGUGCUGCUGCCAUGGGUGGUGCAGGAGUGGGUGGGGCGGGCAGUGGCGGGGCGGGCAUGGUAUGCGAUGGCGCACUGGGCAACGACCUGCCGCUCUUCAACCACUACAAGGACACCCCCCUCAACGUGCACACCCCUCAACGUGCACCCCCAUCAACGUGCACACCCCUCAACGUGCACACCCCUCAACGUGCACAACAAGGCCGCGCCCCUCACCUCUCAAGGUGCGCGCCCCUCACCCCUCAAGGCGCCCCCCGCCCCUCCUCUCCUUCACCUUCAUAG